AUGCCGUUCGUCCCCUUUGUCGGAGUUAACAACCACCGUUGCACCACAGUGUUUGGUUGUGCCAUCAUUGCUGACGAGACGGAAGGGACAUACGUGUGGCUGCUGCAGACAUUUAUGAAGGCAAACUGUCAGGUGAAGCCAAAGUCAAUAAUCACAGACGGUGACGCUGCAAUGAUCCGGGCUAUUCGGACUGUCCUUUCAGAUGUUUUCCAUCGUCUUUGCUUCUGGCAUAUCGAGAAAAAUAUGCAGAGGCACCUGCAUUACAAGUCAAUGGAUGAGUUCAGAUCGCUCCUGUACUAUGCCACCUCUCAAGCGAACUUUGAGCAGAGAUGGAAAGCUUUCUAUGAUAAGUGGAAGACGAAUAGAACUGAAGAGUGGCUUGACAGGAUGUACAGGAAGAGGAGACUUUGGGCAGCUUCAUAUCUUUCCGAUGGUUUUUUCCUUGGUAUGCGAAGUAACCAGAGGAGUGAAAGCCUCAACUCCUGCCUUCACCUUCACCUGGACUACGGUAUGACAAUUUUUGAUUUGGUGGUGCAUUAUGAGAACUGUAUAGUUUGCCUGCGUGAGAACGAGGCGUACGAUGACUGCGAGGCAUUCCAGAAGGAACCACCGUCGGUUACUGAAUAUAAGGCCCUUGAGGAGCAUGCCGCCAAAGUAUUCACACCUGCUAAUUUCUACAUCCUCCAAGAUGAUUUGCAUAAGAUGGGUCAGCUGGAGAUAUUUGAGACGCUCGUGGGAAUUGGGCAUCAGCCAUUCAUGGUGACAUGGAAGGAUAACUACAAGUUCAGGUACAAUGUUGUUUAUGAACCAGGUAACUCAGAAGAAACUAUGACAUGCAGUUGUCUUAGGAUGGUUCGGAAAGGGCUGCCAUGCAAACACAUUCUGUUUGUCCUCCAUCAUCUGAACUUAACUGAAAUACCAAAGUGCCGUGUCCUGCAUCGGUUGUCCAAACAUGCGAGAGAUGGGUUGCCUGUGCAGCGGAAGAGUGAUAUGUUUGGAUGGGGUUGGUCAGGGCCAUUGGAGAGAGAACGGUAUAGUGCAAUAACCAUUAAAAUCGCAGAAGCUGCUCAUGUUGCAGCAAAUGAUCCCUUCUUGUUCGACGAGUUGAUGAAGUGUCUGGACAACAUAAUAGCGCAGAAAAAGAUUUCAGAGGAGGAACUUAUAGGAAGUAGAAGGUAUGCUAUGCUUAAGAAGGAGGCAAGUCAGGCACAACAAGUUGAGCCUGGUAUUGGUGAUCCUCAGAAAGUUUCGACGAAGGGUGCACCUAAGAAGGGGCGGUCGAAGGGUGGCCCCGACAUUACAAAGAAUGGUAGGCCAAAAGAUUUUACAGAGAAGAAAAGUGGUCCUUUGUGCAGUCUGUGUAGUCUCCCAGGUCAUAACAAGGUUACAUGUAGUCUGAACGAGAAGUGA